CCAAGUCCCAACGCGCUUCCCUCAACGCGAUACAAGCAAGCCACGCACACACGCUUCCAUCCCCACUUCCAGACCCAAAGCCCCCAAGCCAAACCCUCGCUCGCCACCUGCCAUCCGAUCAAGCAGCCUGCAGCCGGCCGAUCCGCCAUGGCGUCCGCGUACUACGAGAGCUCCCGGGGCGGCGCCGCCGACGAGGGGGACGACUUCGACGAGUUCGACCCCACGCCGUACGGCGGCGGCUACGACCUCUUCGUCACCUUCGGCCGCCCGCUGCCGCCGUCCGAGGAGACUUGCUACCCGUGCUCCGAGCCUUCCACCUCCUACGACGCACCCCACUACUCCGCGUCCGAGCCGUCCCCCUACGGGCACCACACCAAGGCGAAGCCCAACUACGGUUUCCGCCCCCAGCAGGAGCAGCAGCCGUCCUACGGAUCCUCCGGCGGCAGCUACGGAUCCAGGCCCGAGCCCGCCGCGGAGGAGGGCGGCGGCGGCUAUGGAUCUGGCUACGGAUCCGGGUACGGUAGGAAGAACCAGGAGGAGGAGAGCUACGGAUCCGGGUACGGAAGGAAGCCUCAGGCGGAGGAGAGCUACGGGUCCGGGGGGUACGGCUCUGGCUACGGCGGCCAGGCCCGGCCGGAGGCGGGCUAUGGGUCAGCAGCGUAUGGAUCUGGAUAUGGCUCCAAUCCGCAGGCUGAGAGCUACGGCUCCGGCUACGGGAGGAAGCCGCAGGUAGAGGAGAGCUACGGAUCGGAGUAUGGGUCUGGGUACGGCAGGAAGCCGCAGGUGGAGCAGAGCUAUGGAUCGGAAUACGGGUCAGGGUACGGGAGGAAGCCUCAGGCUGAGGAGGGCUACGGAUCGGGGUACGGCAGCAGACCGCAGGGUGGGGAGGAGUAUGGCAGUGGUGGGUAUGGCAGGAAGACUCAGGAGGAGAGCUAUGGUUCCUCGGGGUAUGGCUAUGGCAGGAAGACUGAGGAGGAGGGCUAUGGUGGUUCUGGGUACGGGUAUGAGAAGCCGAAGCCGAAGCCGUUUGGGGAGGAGCAUCAGAGCGGUGGGUAUGAGAGGCCGAGCUAUGGCGGCGGUGACGAGUACCAGGGGAGCUAUGGCCGCAAGAAGCAUGAUGAUGACUCUGAUGAUGAGAAGAAGCAGCAUUAUCAGAAGCACCACCACCACCGUCGCCAUGACUACGACGAUUAAGCACCCAUUGUGGGUACCUUCUGCUGGGCGUGGCCUCGGUCUUACCGCGACGGCCACUGUAUCUGGUUACUGCAUAAAUAAAGAUGGAUGUGCUUGCCUUCUGGACACUGGACCAUUAUGGGCUGCUUUGAGUUGGUACUUCUCGCCCCUGAAGUGUGCUAUGUGCCUGUGGUUUGUAUGUUCGAAUCUUUACCAAAUAAGUAUCGUCUGUAUGUGUGACGAACCUGGUGUGCACGCCUGUUGAGGCUGAACGUUAUACUUUGUACCUCUUCCUGUGGUGUUUCUUUCAGUGAUUGGGACUUGUCUUCGCAUCA